AUUGUGGCAAAACUCAAUGCUUAUUGCAAUUUUGCCCCUCUCCGUUCGUCCUCGCGACGUACCAAAUCACAUUGACGAUUCUCGCCGAUCUCAAUCUUGUUUUCUAGAAGAGGAUUUCGUUCCUUCCAAUCCAUUUUCCGUCAACUGGAUCGGUGGGUUUCCUUUCAUAUAAUCUCUGUUUGGAUGCGGGUUUGAGGAUUUGGGCUGCGGAGCUGAGUAGGUGGAAACCCUAAGAUCAAGAUGAAGCCUUCUGCCGGGGAGAUCAAGAUCUCGGAGAGCGCCAAGAGGCUCGAUGUUGACAAUCGUAUCUCCCUCAGUUUCUACUAUCGGAUAGCCCAUAAUCUUCUCAGACAGGCAGACAUUUACCGGAGCGAGAAGGAUAUCAUUGAUCUUUAUGUUAUGCUUAUGAGAUUCUCAAGUUUGAUUAAAGAGACUAUUCCACACCAUAAAGAUUUUCAGGUGAUAUUGCACGAUGAAAAACUUUAUUUCAGAAAGAGAUUGUUAAGUGCCUUGAAUGAGCUAGAAGCGUUGAAGCCUGAUGUAAAACGUCAGCUUGAAGAAUUGAAUAGGAGGAACAGAAGCCAACUAACUACUUGGGGGCAAUUGCCACAAGAUGGUUCUCGAAAUGAAUCAUUUGAUUGGCCAUCAAUCAAAAACUAUAACACCACUCAGGCUGAUAGAAUGGUUGCACGAGAUGGCUUAUACAGGAGUUCUAAUGUUCAAGGAGGCAAGAUAUUGACAAAAUCCAAAUCUCAGUUUAAUAAACUAUCUUUCAAUAUCCCACUUCCCAAAGAGGAAACCCUAUCAAGACACUCGAUUUUGGGUCCUAAUGGUCUUAAUGGACGAUGGCAGCCACCGAGUGUUGACCGUGGAAUUCAAUACCCUAGCAAUUUGGACUUAACGCCAAUUGAGAUGCCAAGCGUGCUUCAUCAACCAACAGAGGAUAAACCAGAGGCAGUUAAAGAAAAUGUAACUUUGGAGAAGGAAAGAUCCAUACUUGAAGACGUUCUUUCCUUACAAGAUACUUCAACCCAUCAACCUGAAGAACCAGGUCCAAUGAUUAACCUGGAUAUUUUUGUUGAGACUCCUAAGAUGGAGAUUAUCAAAGAACUCUGUCCUCCACCGGUCCUGGCAGAAGUUCAUGAUGUCGCCAUAACACCACAAGUUUCUCAUUCCUCAAAUGAACAAACUGUUUCUUUGCAGAAUGAUCUAAUUCCUGCUGAAUCACCUCAGGAAGUUCACAUAUCAAUUGCUUUGAUGGAGAGUUUUAUGAGACUUGCGAAAUCAAAUACUACCAGAAACUUAGAAACUUGUGGAGUUCUUGCUGGUUCCCUUAAAAACAGAAAGUUCUAUGUGACAGCUCUCAUCAUCCCAAAGCAGGAGUCCACAUCUGAUUCAUGUCAGACAACAAAUGAAGAAGAAAUAUUUGAUUAUCAGGACAAGCAAGCACUUUUCCCUCUUGGAUGGAUUCACACUCAUCCUACUCAGUCAUGUUUUAUGUCUUCGAUUGAUGUACACACCCAUUAUUCCUACCAGAUUAUGUUGCCUGAGGCAAUUGCAAUUGUAAUGGCACCAAAAGACAGUUCCAAGAAGCAUGGGAUAUUUCGGCUGACCACACCGGGAGGUAUGUCGGUCAUCAAGCAAUGCCAACAACGAGGUUUCCAUCCUCACCAACCACCCCCAGAUGGGGGCCCUAUCUAUGACCACUGCUCUGAUGUCUACAUGAACCCUAAACUCAAGUUCGAUGUAGUGGACCUCCGUUGACAAUAUCUAAGUAUAUGUUGCUCGAGUUACACUGAACCUGUGUGCUAAGACACAAUCAAUUUCUUGUUGUAAAUUCUCUUUCAAAUUUUACAUAUUCCCGAUUUCCAUGGUAACAAUUGUGAGAUAUUUGCUGUACAUAUUCUCCAAAAUGUUUAUGUUUCGCGAAUGAAAACAUGUAUUGAUCCUAGCCAUACUCAUCUUAUAAAUUGGAUGCUCUCUUUACUAUC